GUGCCACCCACGUCCAUUUUUUUUAUGUCCAUUAUUGCACGCAUAUACCGACAUUCACGUCCCCUUCAAUCUCUCCCCUCCCUUAACCCUUCUCCAAACUCCACCAAACUCAUCACCAACCUCUCCCUCAUCUCCUUCUUCUCCUCCUUUAAAAAGUCAUCUUCAUCUUCAUUUGAACUUAACACCAUGACAAUGUCCACUAGCUCUGAAGACGUCACUUAUUCUCCUUCUAGUCAAGCUUCUCCAUUGACAGUCCAAGUGGUAUCAAGAAAAGUAUCUGAUGGUCUUCUUGUGAAGUUCUCUGAUUUAUCAGAAUUUGGUUUCGAGUAUGAAAAAAGUGGGCUGUGGUCACCGCCGGUGAGACGUGCCGCCUACUUGAGCCCCAGGGGUGUCAUUUGCACUCAAGAACAAAUCAUUAGCAAGCUCCAAAUGGUUGACAGUAAUGGUUCAUGCCAGCAAAGCUCUAGGAGAGGAAGAAGAAGCUUUGCAUGUCUUAAUGUUGGUUUGUUAAAGAGGAUAAGGUUUGUCAGAAAAAAACAGCAGAGUUUUAUGUUUUGGUGUGUAAUUAUUUUUUAACUGUAAUAUUUCUUUUGGAAUUUUACAUUACAGACAUCUUUUGUAAUAUUUUCAACUGUAACAAAAUUACAAGGCUUGUUAUAAAUUUUAUUAAGCUUUUUCUUUUCA